UUGUAUGCGCACACUGUGUGCAUCCCACAUGCUCCAUCAAGAUGGCGGACGCCGAAGACGAUGAGAAGUUUUUAUAUGGAGGUGGUGAUGCACAGGAAAAGGAAGAAACAUUAAGCACUGAAAUAAAACAAGAACCAAAAGAAGAAGAGGAAAUUACUGAGAAUGGACAAGUCAAAGACGAAGAUGAUGCCAAGGAGGCUGGAGAGCUGAGUAAUGAAGAUGAAGAGGACGAUGACGAUGAUGAUGACGAUGAUGAUGACGACGUUCAAGUCACUAUUGGGGAAAUAAAUACGUCAGCAGCACCAUAUGGAGCUCCAUAUGCGGCACCUGUAAACUGGAAUUUCAAGACAGGAGGUGGAUCUGCCGCAGUAAAGGACACAAAAGACAAUAAACACAUUGAUGUGGAUGCCGUUGGAACAGUCAAUGGAGUUUCUGUGCAUGAAUUUGAUUUGGACUCAGUUGAUGACAAACCUUGGAGAAAGCCUGGUGCUGACAUCACUGACUACUUCAACUAUGGCUUCACGGAAGACACGUGGAAACAAUACUGUGAAAAACAGAGGCGAAUGAGAAUGGAGUUACAAAUGCCAAAGAAAAUAUUUAUGCACCCGCCAGCCACAGUGGAUCCAGCCAUGCUGCCUGAUGGGAGACCCAGAAAAGCAGGCCCACCCCCUGAAAGAAAACUGGAAGGAAGCAUUGAUGUCAUUGGCGGAGAGGGCUCCAGAGUGGAAAGUCGCCGGAGACGCGAAGAUGACGUCAUGAUGCCGAUGAUGGAAGAGGGUAUGAACCCGGAUGUGGCGGCUCGACAGGGGAUGAUGAACAAAAGACACUUCCCUCCAGGUCCGCCAGGAGGUCCCCAUGGUAUGCCUCCGGUGUCAGGAGCCCCGCCAUUUAUCCCCCCUCACCCGGACCCCUCCAUGGGUCCUCCAACAUCUGGAGCACCACAUGGUAUACCUAUGCAUAUGCCACCCGGAGGUCCCAUUCCACCCGGAAUGCCCCCUCCCUUCAGACCCAUGGGUCCAGAUGGACGACACCACCCCGAGGGGGCACCUCCGGGUAUGCCGCCCCCGGGUAUGCCCCCUAUGCCCGGCAUGGCAGGUCCGCCGCCCCACGGAUUUCCGCCUGAGAUGGGAUUACCUCCAGACGGGAUGCCGCCGCCAUUUGACCCAGGGUUUCCAGGUCGUCCAGGUGCAAUGAGCAUGCGUGGUAGAGGUCGUGGAAGAAUACCGGUAGGAGGACCCCCAGGGGUACCACCGGGAAUGCCUCCACCCGGGGAAUUUCCGCAAGGAAUAGACGAAAGGGGACCAAGACCGUUUGAAGAAGGCGCGGCGUUCUUCCCAGGAGAUCCAACGCAAGCUUUUCAUCCAAUGAUGGGACAUCCUCCUGGCAUGCCGUGGGACGCUGGCAUAGGUCGCGGGUUUCCUCCGGGAUUCCGCGAGGGAUUCCCGGGUACCAUGGCCAGGCAAGGCAGCGAGAGUCCUGGAGACGACGAUAGCGAGUUUGGCAGUAGUGAUGAAGAUAGGAAACGCGAUCGUGAUUCACAUAGACGCCGAGACAGAGAUAAGGACAGAAGCCGUGAACACAGAGAAAGAAAUCGUGACCGUGAUCGUUCUCCGCGUAAAGAGCGUGAUCGUGACCGAGAUAGGCGUGACCGAGAUAGAAGACACCGUGACCGUGAUAAAGGAGACAGAGAAAGACGUGAGGAACGUUCAUCGCGAAAAGAUAAAGAUAGAGAAAAAUCAAAAGAACAACGAGAAAAAAAAAGGCACAGUAAAACGGCUGGGUCUGAAACUUCCGGCGGCCCGGAAGAGGGAGAACUGGUGUCGAGCAAGAAGAAGAGUAGAAGAACCCGGGAGGCGAAAGAAGCUAAGAGCGAAAACUCUGAGCCGCGAGAGGAGGGUCAGCGGACACCUACACCAUGAUUAUUUACAGGUCUUAUGGUGCGGGGAAUAGUGUCAAAAACGUUGUUAAACCUGAAGAACGAACGUUAUAGUUGCUUGUCAGUUUCAUUUUGUGUCGUCUUUGUACAAAAUGGUAUUUGUGCAAGGCAUCAAGACUGAGUCCUGCAGCGACGAUUUUUCAAGUCUGAGUGAUAACUUACUUGUUCUCUUGAUUGCGCAAUCUUUUCAUCUGUUGAUGGAGGAUUUCCAGAAAAAUUUGCCAGCACUUGUGAGGCGGCCAUCUUCAAUCUCUAGUCAUAGCGUCUAGAUAGCCCAAAUGACUUUGUAAACUGAAAACCGCUAAGGCCAAGCAAGGAUUUUAAUUGCCAUGUGGCCCAGACCUUAGUGCAACGCAUCUUUUUCUUAAUACCAGAUGGACGUCACUUCCACCUGUAAUCAACGCAGGUUGCGUCCAAACUUUUUUUAGUCAUUUAAGAUGCUGUGUCUUUGCUCGUAAAUUUCUUCUUUCACAAGAAAUAUAAAAAAUCAAGCAUUCGAAGGAUUCCUUGGUCAGUCCGACUUUUAACUUAACCAUUGUAAAUAUUCGUCUUUUAAACUACAUUUCUGCGUUUGUAUUGUCAUUUCUUCGACCCAUGUCAAGGUUGGAUCAAACUAUAAAAUGAAAAUGUAGCUUUAUUUCUUCUAUAUAUAUCUUAUUAGACGUUUUGUUGUGUAGUAUCGCUGAGUAU